UGGCUUAUAUACGGAACUUGGUUCAAUUGGCUUUGGACAAGCGAUUGAGUAUGUGGGAGAAGUACUGUUUGCGGCACUGUUUUACUGUGCCAGAAGGAUUCUCUUUGCCUAAAGCAGAUGAACCAUCUGGUGAUACUUCCGUGGAUCUUGACAGUCUUGGUGAUGCAGAGUUAGAUGCACAGUUGGAUUCUUUGAGAAAUAAACUUACUCAGGCAGGUAAAGAGUCUGCUGACCUCAACAGAGAACUUCGAGCACUGGAAAGGCAGUCUCGCAUGAGCAAUCACUCUGUGGCAACUCUUAAUGAAGCAUUGCAGUUUUAUAAUGAACAGAAUGUGCAAGAGAAGUUUGAAGGUAAAUGCUUUUUCAUCAAUUGUUUCAUCAAAUGCACUUAGAUUAGAGAUUUUAUU